AUGCGGUACCAGAGAGGCACCGAUCCCCCCGCCGCCGCCAGGUUCAGGAGCCUGCUGGUGGCGGCGGCGGCACAGGGGCCCCAGGCCCCGGGCAGGUCCCCUCUGUCGCCCCCUGCUGCCGAGGCACUGGAGGCACAGUUCAGUUGCCCCAUCUGCCUGGAGGUCUUCCAUCGCGCCGUCAGUAUCACCGGAUGCGGACACACGUUUUGCGAGGAGUGCUUGCAGCCCUGCCUGCAAGUGCCAUCCCCUCUCUGCCCACUCUGCCACAUGCCCUUCGAUCCCAAGAAGGUGGAGAAGGCUUCCAGUGUGGAGAAGCAGCUUUUGUCCUCCAAGGCUCCCUGCAGAGGCUGCAGCAAGAAGGUGACCCUUGCAAAAACGCUUUCUCACGUCUUGUCCUGCGCGAAGGUGCAGGAGCAGAUGGCCAACUGCCCUAAGUUCGUUCCAGUUGUCCCCACGUCCCAUCCUAUUCCCAGCAAUAUUCCCAAUCGCUCGACAUUUGUGUGCCCAUACUGUGGGGCCCGGAACUUGGACCAGCAGGAUCUGGUAAAGCACUGCAUGGAGAACCACCGCAAUGACCCCAACAAAGUGGUGUGCCCAGUCUGCUCAUCCAUGCCCUGGGGGAACCCCAGCUACAAGAGCACCAACUUCUUCCAGCACCUUCUCCACAGGCACAAGUUUUCCUAUGACACCUUUGUGGACUAUAACAUUGAUGAGGAGGCAGCAUUGCAGGUGGCCCUGGCACUGUCACUCUCUGAGAACUGA